CCUUUUCUGCAGUCAUGCAAGAGUGCGUCGUCUUUAAUGCGAGAUAAGCUUGACUUCUGCUCUUCCUCCAAAAGUUAUGAAGUAAUUCUCCGUUUGUCAGCUCAAAGCCACUCUUCAGACCAGAGACGGACCUUCAGUUCAUGAGCUUCUCUGUGUGGUCUCCAUCAUGGAGGCGACGGGGAAAUACGACUUCUCAGCUACAGCAGGAGACGAGCUGAGCUUCAGGAAGGGGGAUGUUAUCAAGAUUUUAGGCACCAAUGACGACUGGUUCAGAGCUGAAAUUAACGGCAUGGAAGGAUUCGUUCCACGAAAUUACAUCGUCACCACCUUCCCCAGCUGGUAUAAGGAGAACAUCAGCCGUCAGUCUGCACAGGAUGAGCUGAUGUAUCAACCAAUAGGAGCCUUCAUCAUCAGAGGAUCCCAGAGCUCACCUGGAGAUUUCUCUAUCUCAGUCAGGCAUGAAAAUGACGUGCAGCACUUUAAGGUGAUGAGAGACCGGCAGGGCCGAUAUUACCUGUGGAGCGAGAUGUUCACUUCCCUCAACAGACUGGUGGAUUAUUACACACACAACUCCAUCUCCAAGCAGAGCCGUGUCUUCCUGCUCACCGACCAGCGGAGUUCAUCUGAUUUCCUGCACAGGAAGCCUGCUGAAGCUCCGCCCUUCCCACAGGAGAGACAGGACUACAGAAGCUCAGCACCGCCAGUCACUCGCCCACCACAACCCUCACUGCCUCCACAGAUGUCAGCGCUGCAUGUGCGAGCGAUGUAUGACUUCACAGCUGAAGACGCAGAUGAGCUCAACUUUCAGGCCGGAGAUGUAAUCGAGGUUCUGGAUCAAUCGGAUCGAUCUUGGUGGAAGGGAGUCCUGCGCGGCAGAACUGGACUCUUCCCCGUUAACUACACCAAUCCUCUCUGAACACACACACACACACACACACACACACACACACACACACUUCAGGAUGACAGUGAUCGGCCAAUGCAUCCCAGCAAGCAUUUUUUGUUUUUAAAAGAAGUCUAAUGGAUGUCUAAUACAUGUCUUGUAGAUGUCUAAUAGAUGU